GAUUGCAGAAUGUUUGAAUUCUUUAUCUCGAAGCCAUCAGCACUAUAAAUUGAGAACCAACCCACGUCGCCCUCCACAGAAAUCAGCCAAAGCGCCAUAGCUUCCUAGCUCCAAACCACCAAUUCCAACGUAGGAGAUGGCGUCGUCCAAGUUCUUGGCCCUCUUCCUCGCCUUCGCCCUGGCGGCGGCGACGCUGCAGCCCUCGGGAGCGACGAGGGUCCAAGGAUUCGAGCCCGCGGCCGCAAACCAAGAAGCAGGAGGAGGAGCCGAGCCAUGGUCCAAUGGCGCCCCAGCAGGCGGAGACGCGCAGCGUCCAUCGACACCGCCCGGCUUACCGGGCGUUCCGCCGGUGCCCGGCCUCCUCGGCAUAAUCCUCCCGUUCUUGUUUCCGCCAAUCGCCGGCCUCCCCGGCUUGUUACCACAAAUCCCCGGCCUCCCCAGCUUGUUUCCACCAAUUCCCGGUCUCCCCAGCCUGUUCCCGCCACUGCCGGGCUCUCCACCUCGGCAAGGCGGCGUACAGGGAGGCAGCUCGUCGCCUCCGCCGCCACAGCCGACGGAGUGCAUGACGCCGCUGGUUGGCAUGAUGCCGUGCAUGGACUACCUCACCAACAUCACCGUGCUGACGCCCCCGGGCGAGUGCUGCGACGGCUUCAAGUCGAUCGUCAGCGACGCGCCCAUCUGCCUCUGCCACGGCAUGAACGGCGGCAUGAACCAGUUCAUGCCCAAGCCCAUCGACCCCGUCCGCAUGGCCAUCCUCCCGCUCGCGUGCGGCACCAUGCUGCCAUUGCAAACGCUCUUCAUGUGCAACUCGCAAUCAGUGCCGCCGCUCAUGCUUCCUACCCCGGCAGAGCCGCCGGCGACGCCUGAUGCACCUCCGGCGGUGUCGCCGUAGUAUCAAUCGAUUGAUGGUUUCAUCAAGAUUAGAUAUUGAUCCACAUAGUCCAAGUCGAUGUCUUCUUAGGAUUAAGAUGGUUUUUUUGGAGAAUCUGUUUAAGAUGGUAUUAAGGAUAGUUUAGGAAGUCAAAUGUGAGUACAGAGUCGAGUGCUACUUAUAAGUACAGCCAUGUAAUAAUUCCAUGGAUGAUGCAAUAGUUGAUGGAGUAUAUAAUGCCAAACAAAUGAA